CGAGGUCGGCACGGCCUUCUUCGUGGUGGACGCGGGCGCCCUGAGAGUGGAAGUCAACGGGCAGGCGGUCAACACUCUGACCAGGGGCGACGCCUUCGGGGGGCUGGCGCUGCUCUACAAGAGCCCGCGCACCGCCACCGUCCGGGCCGUGGAGGCCGCCGGCAUCUGGGGCACCGACCACCAGUCCUUCCACCAGGCCUUGCAGGACAGCGCGCAGGGGCAACACAGCGCCAACCGCAGGUUCCUGGACUCGGCGCAGGAUGGGAUCUUCGACGGCCUCUCGGGGCACCAGAAGGACGUGGUCUGCGAGACCCUGUCCGCCGACACCGUCGACGCAGGCUCCCGCGUGGUCACCGAGGGCGAGGCGAGCAACGCCAUAUACUUCGUGAAGGCCGGGGAGCUACUCGUCUUCACCGGGGGCACGGUGACGGCGGCCGGCGUCCUUGAGGGCGGCAAGGA